GCCGGGCGCGCCCGGCCCCGGCCCCUGGAGCGCCCGCUGCGGUCCCCACCUCCAUGGACGCCUUCAAGGGAGGCAUGAGCCUGGAGAGGCUGCCUGAGGGGCUGCGGCCACCUCCGCCGCCGCCGCACGACAUGGGGCCCAGCUUCCACCUGGCCCGCGCCGCCGACCCCCGGGAGCCGCUGGAGAACUCCGCCAGCGAGUCGUCCGACACGGAUCUGCCAGACAAGGAGCGCGGCGGGGAAGCCAAGGGGCCCGAGGACGGUGGCGCUGGCAGCGCAGGCUGCGGCGGAGCAGAGGAUCCAGCCAAGAAGAAGAAACAGCGGCGGCAACGCACUCACUUCACAAGCCAGCAGUUGCAAGAGCUGGAGGCCACGUUCCAAAGGAACCGCUACCCGGACAUGAGCAUGAGAGAGGAGAUCGCGGUGUGGACCAACCUCACUGAGCCGCGAGUGCGGGUCUGGUUCAAGAACCGGCGAGCCAAGUGGCGCAAGCGGGAGCGGAACCAGCAGUUGGACCUGUGCAAGGGCGGCUACGUGCCGCAGUUCAGCGGCCUGGUGCAGCCCUACGAGGACGUGUACGCCGCCGGCUACUCCUACAACAACUGGGCCGCCAAGAGCUUGGCACCGGCGCCGCUGUCCACCAAGAGCUUCACCUUCUUCAACUCCAUGAGCCCGCUGUCCUCUCAGUCCAUGUUCUCGGCCCCCAGCUCCAUCUCUUCCAUGACCAUGCCGUCCAGCAUGGGCCCGGGCGCCGUGCCCGGCAUGCCCAACUCGGGCCUCAACAACAUCAACAACCUCACCGGCUCCUCGCUCAACUCGGCCAUGUCGCCGGGCGCCUGCCCCUACGGCACCCCCGCCUCGCCCUACAGCGUCUACCGGGACACGUGCAACUCGAGCCUCGCCAGCCUGCGGCUCAAGUCCAAGCAGCACUCGUCAUUUGGCUACGGCGGCCUGCAGGGCCCGGCCUCGGGCCUCAACGCUUGUCAGUACAACAGCUGACCGCCCCGCCGGGUCCCCGGGGC